GCCGCUGGGCCGCCCCGCCUUGGGAGGCGCCCAGGCCCUCAUCAAGUGACCAAGCACCCUUCCAGGAGAACACAGCCCUUCAGAGGGAAGCGCGCUCCAGCCCGUAGUCCCGGCGCCAAACCGCCGUCAUCUCCUUCCUGUGCCGGGUGAUCCGUCUCCUCACCCACCCGGAAAAACAUAGUCCGCCCCGCACGUCCUUGUGAAAUAGCGCUCGGCUCCAAAGAGUGUGUGACUCUCUUGGCCCCGCACCCUUGUCUUUUCAAUUUCAAGUACUCUAGGACCCACCAAGAGGGUAAAUCAGCCCUGGAAAGACACCCUGUGAUUGAAGCGAGGAAGGGGGACGGAGCGAAGGAAGAGGAAGGCCAGGCUGGCGGAGGGACACCGACGGCAGAGCGAGCGCAUUGCGCAGGCGCGUCGGCAGGAACGAGUUCCGGUCCGGCCAGGGGCCUGUCUCCUAAAAAUAACCCCGGUGUGGGGAUCCGUGCGCGGAUGUCCGGGCGAGUCCCGGGCUGAAGGAGGCGGCUCGGGACGGCGCCGAGCGGGUGGAGGUCUGGCUGCGGCGUGUGUGCGCCUGUCAGCUGCGCCGGAGCACGGAAUUACAUUUUCGAGAAAGGAACGAAGAAGAAUUUUCUGCAAGGAUCAUUUCCAGCUGCACUUUUUGCUCAUAUUUCAUUUCCAAUUGUAUAGAAAAUUUCAGCUGUAGCCCUUGGACUAGAAGCUGAGUACAAUGCAUUAGAGUUUUGAAGAAAAGUAAUUUUUGAAUUAAGUAUUUGGAAUAUAAGAAAGGAAAGGUGACUGAAAAUGGGGCGGAAGAAAAUACAAAUCACACGCAUAAUGGAUGAAAGGAACCGACAGGUCACUUUUACAAAGAGAAAGUUUGGAUUAAUGAAGAAAGCCUAUGAACUUAGUGUGCUCUGUGACUGUGAAAUAGCACUCAUCAUUUUCAACAGUUCUAACAAACUGUUUCAGUAUGCCAGCACUGAUAUGGACAAAGUUCUUCUCAAGUAUACAGAAUAUAAUGAACCUCAUGAAAGCAGAACCAACUCGGAUAUUGUUGAGGCUCUGAACAAGAAGGAACACAGAGGGUGCGACAGCCCAGACCCUGAUACUUCAUAUGUGCUAACUCCACAUACGGAAGAAAAAUAUAAAAAAAUUAAUGAGGAAUUUGAUAAUAUGAUGAGGAAUCAUAAAAUCGCACCUGGUUUACCACCUCAAAACUUCUCAAUGUCUGUCACAGUCCCUGUGACCAGCCCUAAUGCUUUGUCCUACACUAACCCAGGGAGUUCACUUGUGUCCCCAUCUUUGGCAGCCAGCUCAGCAUUAGCAGAUUCAAGCAUGCUCUCUCCACCUCAAACCACUUUACAUAGAAAUGUAUCCCCAGGAGCUCCUCAGAGACCACCAAGUACUGGCAAUGCAGGUGGAAUGCUGAGCACCUCAGACCUCACAGUGCCAAAUGGAGCUGGAGGCAGCCCAGUGGGGAAUGGCUUUGUGAACUCAAGAGCGUCUCCAAAUUUGAUUGGCACUACUGGUGCAAAUAGUUUAGGCAAAGUCAUGCCUACAAAGUCUCCCCCUCCUCCUGGUGGCGGCAAUCUUGGAAUGAGCAGUCGAAAACCAGAUCUUCGAGUUGUCAUUCCCCCUUCCAGCAAAGGCAUGAUGCCUCCAUUGUCGGAGGAAGAGGAAUUGGAGUUGAAUACCCAAAGGAUAAGCAGUUCUCAAGCCACUCAACCUCUUGCUACCCCAGUUGUGUCUGUGGCCACCCCAAGCUUGCCCCCGCAGGGACUCGUGUACUCAGCAGUGCCGACUGCCUACAACACCGAUUACUCCCUGACCAGCGCAGACCUGUCGGCCCUGCAGGGCUUCAGCUCCCCGGGAAUGCUCUCUCUGGGGCAGGUGUCGGCCUGGCAGCAGCACCAUUUAGGACAAGCAGCCCUCGGCUCCCUUGUUGCUGGAGGGCAGUUAUCUCAGGGUUCUAAUUUAUCCAUUAAUACCAACCAAAACAUCAACAUUAAAUCAGAACCAAUCUCACCUCCCCGGGAUCGAAUGACCCCCUCGGGCUUCCAGCAGCAGCAGCAGCAGCCACAACCCCCCCAGCCCCAGCCCCAGCCCCGGCAGGAGAUGGGGCGCUCCCCUGUGGACAGUCUGAGCAGCUCCAGCAGCUCCUACGAUGGCAGUGACCGUGAGGAUCCACGGGGCGACUUCCACUCUCCAAUUGUGCUUGGCCGACCCCCAAACACUGAAGACAGAGAAAGCCCUUCCGUGAAGCGGAUGAGGAUGGACGCCUGGGUGACCUAAGGCUUCCGGGGCUGGUGGGUGUACUUUGCGUUGCUGCAGUGGACUGCCCUAGCUAUCUAAGUUGGUGAAUAAGGACACGAGUUAAAUCUAUUUAAAUUAUGUACAUACAUACAUAUAUAUCCCUUUACAUAUAUAUGUAUGUGGGUGUGAGUGUGUGUGUAUGUGUGGGUGUGUGUGUUGCAGACUGAAUCAGGCACUUCACCUGCAAACUCCUCGUCGAGCUGUAGGUGUCCGUCCCAUGGCAAACGAAGCACUCUGUAGGCAGAGGUCUAGUCUGGCACUUCCUUGGACUACUUGUUUCAUAAGAUAACCAGUUUUUGCAGAGAAACAUGUACCCGUAUUUAAUUAUCCCACACUAGCUUGCAGAAACCUAGAGGGCCCCUACUUGUUUUAUUUAACUGUGCAGUGACUGUAGUUACUUAAGAAAAAAUGCUUUGUAGAACAGAGCAGUAGAAAAGCAGGAACCAAGAAAGCAAUACUGUACAUAAAAUGUCAUUUAUAUUAAUUACCCAACCUGGCAUGGGUCUCUAUUGCAAAGGGGGUGCAUGGGAAAGGGCUGUUGAUAUUUUAAAAAAAACAAAAACAACAAAAAAAGUCCCACGCAUAACUGUUUUUGCACGUGCAAAAAAUGUAUCGGGUCAAAGAAGUGAUCUUUAGCUAAUAAAAAAGAGAGAGAAUAGAAAACACGCAUGAAAUAUUCAGAAAAUACUAGCCUAGAAAUAAAGAGCAUUAACAAAAUGAAGUUAAUAUAUUAUGUUAUAAUUGGAAUAUGUCAGAAGUUUCUUUUUACAUUCAUAUCUUAAAAAUUAAACUGAUUUUAGCUCAUGUAUAUUUUAUAUGAAAGAAAACACCCUUAUGAAUUGAUGACUAUAUAUAAAAUUAUAUUCACUACUUUUGAACACAUUCUGCUAUGAAUUAUUUAUAUAAGCCAAAGCUGUAUGUUGUAACUUUUUUUUUUAGAGAAUAGCUUUAUCUUCUUGUUUUAUUAACUUUUUAGUUUUAUUUUAAGAUGGGGAAAAACAAGAAUAUCUUGCAAGUAGAACCUUGGAAAAAAAAAGCCAUGAACACUUAUUAUUCUUUAUGUAAAUUAAAAGUUGAGCCAAACUCUGUGUAUAUAGCAUCUAAAUAUAUUAUCAUCUUUGAUGUAAGUACCUAUGUAUUGUAUGGUCACCGGAUUAAAAAGUAUAUUUUUGUGGAUUGCCGCCAAUUUGGGGGAAAAAGGCGAGAUCCUUAUUCAGUAGAGUAUUCACUGUUUAAUAUUUACUAUUUUGUUAAAUAUACUGUACUUUGGAUUUUAAUUAUUAGCCCAGUUUUUUCAGAGGAUUGUAUCAAGGGGUUUCUCCCCUCACUGGUGGUGAAUGUGUUGUUACAUUGUAAUCUUUGUGCUGUAUGGGUUGGGCAUCAUUAUAUAUUUUAUAUGUGUACAUAAAUAGCAAAGUGGCAAAAAAAAUUGAUAUUAAGUUCAUCCUGGAUAAAUAUAAAAUGUGUUGUAACAUUUCAUAAGGCAUUAUUUAAAACUUGCCUUUUGUGAGAAAAAAAUAUAGUAGAAAAAGCUGACCUGGUUUAUUAAUAUUAGAGAAAAUGGCAGAAUAUUAGAUGAGCACAGAGGUUUAAUAAGUGGUAAAUGAUUAGGGAAAACCGUUUGGGGGAAGGGACCUGCCCCCCCCCCCCAGCCCUCUAACAAUAGAACAAUGCAGCUGGUUGCAGCGCACCACCGUUAACUGUCACGUGCACGGAGCUGGCACUCGGGAUGGGGAGGAUUCCUCGCAUGGUGCAGAUCCUGGCCAUGAUCCUUGCCAUCCUCGAUGAAGUUAGCGUGGCCCUCUGCUCAGACUCUGAACAAGGCCUUAUUCUUACAGGAAGACAGCUAAUUGGUGAUAGCAAGUUCAUCAGUUUACUGGGCUUGUGCCAUGAACAGAAAUUCAAAGUCGUGUAUAUCUUUUCAUCAUAGAUUUUUUAAAUACUCCUUUUCCUGAGAAACUCAAAAUGAGGGUGCAAAAAUCGCUGCUACUUUGUUUUCAACUUCCUAUUGAGUAGCUACCUACAAUUUGUAUUUGCGUUUUGUUUUUCCCCUCAGAUUAUGUUUCCUUUGACAUUUUGCUCAUAAUGCUAUUUGUGACAAACCAUCAGCCAGAUUUCGUGACACAUAGAUGUCAGGAUAAAUCUGUGGCAUUCACAGGCCGCAAGAUGGAGAUUUUAUUUUAACAGAAGUUUGGGGAGUAAAUUUUGAUAGAGACCAAGAAAGGGAAGGUGAUAUGUUCUUUCCCCAUCAGCAGAGACAUUUGGCUCAUAUUCAGAAAGGAUGAGUUUUUCUUUAAAAUGUUCUGGUUUUAUUAAACUACUUACAGGCUCAUUUCUUCAUAAGGUCAUACCUGACUGAAACAAGACAGUCCCAGUACUGAAUUUCCAAGAUAAUCCUUACCACUUUGUAAACCAUUUAUAGCUUUGAAAGUUAAGUGAUCUUUUUAUCAUUAUUUAUGCAUGUUCAUGAACUUCUGCUGUACAUUGGAAUAGGAGUUAAGACAUUCACAUUUACUGUCUAUUUUCUUGUGUGCCUUAUGAGAUGGCUUUUCUGACUGUAUCUCAAUAGUCUUCUUUCUAUGCAGGUUUAUAAUCAGUACAACUGCUGUUUUCUAAAAUAAUGUUACAUAAGGCUCGGAGUUUGUAUUAAAAUUACACUGACCAAGUAACAAUUUAUUCCGUUUUCAGGAACUGAAUAUUUGACUGUUAACCUUUCAUAAGCCCAGUGUGAUUUGGAGCAUAUGGACUUGACAGAGACAUCCCUCACCUUGACGCCCAUGUACAAACACAUACACAUGCACAUCUCUCGGUGGAAACCAAUUUAAAGCGGGGAGUACACUAGUGGUGUUACUUUAGAAUCUGCUUUUCUUACCCUUUUAGAUUCGUGUGUUUUGUAUAAGACACCAUUGCAAGAAAAUGUUACUCCUUCAGACGACGUAUUUUAUUACUAAAACAAAAACAAAAAAAGUUUAGAAUAGAUUGCACUGUUAAAGUACAGUUUCCAACAGCUGUGCUUCCUUCAGUACUCUUAACUGGCAUCACAUCGAGAGUGAGAGUCCCCAUUGUGUGUUUAUAAAUGGUUCCAAUCAAAACUCCAUCUUUUGAGCCCUAAUUAUGUCCAUUGUGUUAUAGACUAAAUCAGGGGUUUGUUCUAAAAGAACAGUCUAUGUUUUACCUUUUUCUUUAAGCUUUAAGGACAACAAGUAACGCAUUAACAUAAUUUCUGUAUUAACCAUCAUGCGCACAAGAAAUACAUAGUAAAUAAGGAACCUGAAAACUCCUGGCAUUGGAUCAUAAGAAGCUAGAUGAUUAGAAUGUGAAAAAGAUUUUACAAAUGUAAAACUUUUAUUUCUCUGUAGAAACUUUCUUCACUUUGCUGUGCAAGAAGACACUGCUUUGCUAUAUUUAAAAUGGCUUUUUUAAAAGAGAUUUAUGUAUUUGGUAAAUGUUUGUAGUCAACAGUUCACACAAGAAGCUGUACACGGUUUGAUCAUGUAAAACCGUUUGGCGGCACAAGCUGGACUUUGUUGCCAUCUUUGAGAUGAACCUUUUAAGAAAAAUAAGUUAAUCUCAACUUUUCCCUGAAUGUGUUGUUUUUUCUUCAUUAUACAAUAAAUAUUAUAGUGAACUUUUUAUCAGAUGGUUAAGAAUAUGCUAGAGGUUGUAAACUAUUUGUAUCCUGCACUCACUACAGUAAAGACGGACUGGCUCUUA